AUGGCACGUCUCUUCCUCAAGGGUCUGUUGGUGUACGUGUCGAUGAUGGUGGGGGCAAUCGUGUGGGGCAGCCUGGCGGAUAAGAUGGGCCGUAGGAAAUGUCUGAUCUACUGUCUGGCCAUCGACUGUGUCUUCAGCUUCCUGUCCUGCUUCGCUCAGGGAUACGGAUUCUUCAUCUUCUUCAGGUUCUGCUCCGGCUUCGGGAUCGGAGGGACUAUCCCCAUCGUGUACACCUACUUCGCAGAGUUCCUCCAGAUGGACAAGCGAGGGGAGCACCUUAGCUGGCUGUGUAUGUUCUGGAUGUUUGGUGGACUCUACGCCUCCUUCACCGCCUGGGGAAUCAUCCCUCACUACGGCUGGGGCAUCAGCCUGGGGACACAGUACCAGAUCCACACCUGGAGAAUAUUCAUCCUGGUGUGUAUGUUUCCAGCCAUCAUUGCCCUCAUUGGACUGGUCUUCAUGCCAGAGAGCCCACGCUUCUUCCUGGAGAAUGGGAGACAUGACGAGGCCUGGAUGAUUCUGAGACAGGUCCAUGAUACCAACUGGAAGGCCAAGGGAGAACCAGAGAGGGUGUUCACUGUGUCCAACAUCACGACUCCUAAGACCCAGGAGGAUGAGUUCAUUGAGAUCCAGAGUGACACCGGAACAGCCUUCCAGCGCUGGACCGUCAGACACACCAACCUCCUCAAACAGGUGAUGCAGAACGUGAUGUCUCUGGCAGCACCAGACCUCAGACUGCAGGGUCUCUUCCUGGCUAUCGUCUGGUUCACCAUGGCCUUCAGCUACCACGGACUGUCGGUGUGGUUCCCCGACAUGAUCAAGUACAUGCAGUAUGAGGAGUACGAGUCCAAGGUGAAACUCUUCCAUCGAGAACGAGUGGAGCGAUUCCACUUCAACUUCUCCCUGGUCAACCAGAUCCACAAAGAGGGAGAAUAUGUCCACGACAAGUUCAUGGAUAUAGAGAUCAAGUCUGUGAAGUUUGAAGAUUCCCUGUUUGAGAACUGCUACUUUGAGGAUGUCAGGUCGACCAACACGUAUUUCGAGAACUGCACCAUCAAGAACACGGUCUUCUAUAACACAGACCUUUGGGAAGACUCUAAGUUUAUAGACUGUCGGAUGGAGAACGCCACGUUUCUCCAUCCGAAGAAAGGCUGCCAUCUGAACUUCCAGGAGGAGAACGACAUCGUCAUCUACAUGGUCAGCUUCCUGGGGAGUCUAGCGACACUGCCAGGCAACAUCCUGUCAGCCCUCUUCAUGGACAAGAUAGGAAGGAUCAAAAUUAUAGGUGGUUCUAUGCUGACCUCAGCAGUCUGUACGUUCCUCCUGCUCCUCAGCUUCAGUCAGGGGGCAGUUAUAUUAUUUCAGUGCCUUUUCUACGCUACCAGCGUCGCGGCCUGGAACGGACUGGAGGUUAUCACAGUAGAAAUCUACCCUUCUGCUAAAAGAUGCACAGCGUUCGGAGUGCUGAACGGUACCUGUAAGCUGGCAGCCAUUAUUGGCAGCGUCGUCUUUGCCAAGUUCAUCGGCAUCACAAAGAUCGUCCCCAUUUUCCUGGCGUUCGCAGCGCUGGCUUGCGGAGGUUUGCUGGCCACUAAACUACCCGACACACGGGAGAAGAUCCUGGAGUGA